AAGCCCUUUCUUUGUAAGACAAAUAAGCAGGCCGACUUGAUCCACAUUUAAUACAAAUCACAUUCAAACCAUGAACACAUACUCCGUUACGUAUCCAUCCACGCUUUGACCCAAACCCUACCUAAGCCAGUGGCUGGUAAUCGCUGCCGAUGCAGCCCAAGUAUACUAUAUCACGUGAUCAUGGGGGAUUAUGAUCCUAAUAUGCAUUCACAAUGCCUCUCCGAUUAACCCAAAUAUCUAACCAAAGAUAUCAGGGCCCUUAGGAUGGAAGUCAAGUUUCUGAAUGAUCAGCAAGGAAUUGAAACCCAUGGUUACCAGAGGGCCAACCAAAAGCAUCAACAGGUCAUCUUUCCAGACCACUAAAGGUCCUGACCUAGAGUUGCUCGGUGCUAAGACUCUCAAAAUCACCCUAAGUGGCUGCGUUCACAGUUAUCCGUCUCUUGAGAGUAAGCUCUGUCUGACUUCGGGGCUUCGAAUUAUACUCUUAAUUAUGCCGAUACCCGUGUCAAUAACAUCUCUCUAUCUUCGAGCUCGACUUUGGUUAGGCGAGAAGCGCUAUGAAAGGCCUAAGAUACGUCGCGCAACACACACCCAUUCCCGUCCCAUGUUCGCCGGGUGGUUUCCUGAGUAUUGGGAAUAUACGAAGGCGUUUUACACGCUUUAUGAUAUUCCAGAUUGGUAUGAUGGGUUGAAAAGGGAAUUGACUAGGUAUGAUGACGAGUUGGCGGCGGAGAGGGUGUUAUGGAAUCGAUUUGAUCAGCCGGGGGAUCAUCUCCGGAGUUUUUAUGAGAGGAAUAGAGAUGGGUAGGUGGGUGUGGCUUUCUACUGUCUUUUUUUCUUGUCCGAUUUUUCUUUUCCUACGGCAGUACACUUGAUAUUGUAGCUGGUCUGGAUGAUGUGUCGUAUAGAUCUAAGAUGUCAUGAAUCUGAUAUCAUGUGACUGCCAAGUCUACAUCUUAGCAAUAAGCCGGGGGGGGUGGCCCCCGACCG